GAAUGAGCGGGGGAGGCACCGAGGGACUUUCAGUAGACCGCAGACAAGCCGCACGGAGCUCUGAAACGGUUCAUUGAACACGGGCACAUUUUCCUUCAUAUCGACACUAAAAAAAAAAAAAAAAAAAAAAAAAAAAAAUAGAAAAGAAAAGAAAAGAAAAGAAAUUGCCCCAUCCUCUUGACAGCAAAUUGGGCGAUGGCAAAAGGAGAGGGCGCCGAGCAAUACGCGGUGACAAGUUUAUUACCAGUGAAACCAAUAAGUGCAGAUGGAAUCAAGAUAGCAAAGAAGAGGGACGAGAGGAGCCGCCUGUCAGUGUGCAGUAAGCUGUGCUAUGCCAUCGGCGGGGCGCCCUACCAGAUCACCGGCAGCGCCUUGGGCUUCUUCCUUCAGAUCUACCUGCUGGAUGUGGCCCAGCUGGAUCCGUCCUAUGCCUCUAUCAUUCUGUUUGUGGGACGGGCCUGGGAUGCUGUGACUGACCCGACAGUGGGCUUCCUCGUCAGCCGGUCCAAAUGGACUCGUUUUGGCCGCAUGAUGCCCUGGAUCCUCAUAUCUACUCCGUUUGCGGUGCUGAGCUACUUCCUCAUCUGGUACGUUCCCUCGGUUGAGCAUGGGAAGGUCCUCUGGUACCUCUUCUUCUAUUGUCUCUUCCAGUCAAUGCAGACGUGCUUCCAUGUGCCCUACUCGGCCCUCACCAUGUUCAUCAGCAGCGAGCAGAAAGAGAGAGACUCUGCCACCGCCUACCGUAUGACGGUGGAGGUGCUUGGCACAGUGGUCGGCACGGCGAUCCAGGGGCAGAUAGUGGGUGGAGCGAUUGCCCCCUGUAUCCCCACUGAGUACGAUACCCCGGCUGGUGGGAACUCUUCGUCCGAGGGCGACGGGCCUCAUAUGUCGCUGGACACAACGAAACAAGCUUACAUGAUUGCCUCAGGGGUCAUCUGUGCCAUCUACGUCUUCUGUGCUGCCAUCUUGUUUCUGGGUGUGAAGGAGCAAGAAGAUAAUGUGCGAAUGAAGUCAGAGCCCAUCACUUUCUGUCAGGGCCUGAGGCUGGUGAUGGGUCACGGACCGUACGUCAAACUUGUCUUGGGCUUCCUCUUCACCUCUCUGGCCUUCAUGCUGCUGGAGGGAAACUUUGCUCUUUUCAUCACGUACGCCCUUGGCCACAGGAACGACUUCCAGAAUAUCCUCUUGGUCAUUAUGCUAUCAGGGACUGUCUCCAUACCUCUGUGGCAGUGGUUCCUGACUCAGUUUGGGAAGAAGACAGCGGUUUACAUCGGCAUUACGUGGGCGGUGCCCUUCAUGAUCCUGAUUGUCUCCAUCAAAAGCAACCUGAUCAUUUCUUACAUGGUCUCAGUGGCAGCAGGUGUGAGUGUGGCAGCAGCUUUUCUCCUACCCUGGUCGAUGCUUCCGGAUGUGGUGGACGACUUCAAGGUGAAGAACCCAGACAUCCACGGUCAUGAAGCCAUCUUCUUCUCAUUCUAUGUGUUCUUCACCAAGUUUGCCUCCGGUGUGUCGCUAGGUGUCUCGACCCUCAGUUUAGACUUUGCCGGAUACAUUACCAAUGGCUGCUCACAACCUGAGACUGUCAUUUUAACCCUGAAGAUGCUGGUCUCCCCUGUGCCAGUGGUUCUCAUUGCUGUGGGACUUCUGAUAUUCAAAACCUACCCCAUCGACGAGGAGAGGAGGCAAGGCAACCGCGAAAUGCUGCAGGCAAUGCUGGACUCUGAACUGGACUCUGAGUCGGACUCUGCGGAGCUCGGGAAUGUCGUGUAGCAGAGUGAGGCGGAGGAGGAGAAGCCAACCAGAAGGCCACCGCUGUCUUGCGUGUUUGCACAGGCUGACAAGAGGGACGAGACCACCAGGCUGGCUGGACGGGUCUUGUGUGUUUUGGGGUCAUCUGGACUAACACAGGACAGACCACAGACCACAAUGUGGCGGGCUGCCCUGACGCUACCUCAACUCGACAGGCCUCCUCCAGUGGAUCACACAGGUUUACGGGGCCCUCUAGUGGCUGACGUCAUCCUAUGCAUGACUUGAGUAUUCUCGGUUUGCCAUCAUCUGUGGUUUGAGCUGCUGUUUAUGUGUUUGUGUGUUUACGAGAUUGAGUUUUUACCUGUGCAGUCUAAGAUUGGAGCAAAAUGUUACCUAAUCUAUUCUUAGGUCAGUGGGGGAAAGCUACACUACUUACACUUUUACACUUCAUUCAGCUGCUAACCCCCCCUCGAGGGAAAUAUACAGUAUCAGCCCUUAUUUACAGGAGGGCAUACCGAUAACACUUCCACUGGGAUUGCCAUUAUGUGGAGCUGCUAAAUUUAUGCUCAUGUCUGUUUUUGGAGUUGUCUCCUGAGAGCGAGAGUUGCCUGUUACACAUCUUUUCUGCUAACACAAAAGACGGUUCUCAGUGUACUUGAAUUUUCUGGUGUAAAACGCAGGUUUCCAUGGUAUCACAGACUUGACUCUGGUGUAUCUAGACCAAGUAAAUCACUGCCUUACAACCACACAUAUUAUACAGUUAGCUGUGCUGAGAUUUUCUGUUGGACUUGUUUUUAACCAGACUGCGUAUUUGGGUUGAUGUUGGGGUUUUUUCUGUAGUCUUUCUUUUUGCUACCUAAAAGGGUUUCUCCUACAAACUUUUUGGGAAAGUGCUUUAAAAACUUCAAUCUAUCUCCAUCAAGAUUGACAGCCAUUUCUGAAUCCUAACGUGCUUUGUGUUGUCACAGAGGGCGACUAGACACUUUGAAGUCGUUUCAGUUAAAACCAUGGUACUCCCCAAGGGAAGAGAAAGGCUUUAUUUAACUAUUUAUUUUAACUAGAUAAUCCAAGGGAUUAUAAUUUUCUGAUAAAAGCACAUAUAGUACUAAUUUGUUAACUUCUAGGUUGUAAUAAAUUCUUGUAAAUAUGAGGGUAAAUCAUGGGAAUAUGGGUGUUUGUGAUGGUUUGUACAGAUCGUAGGCUACUGUUUAUGUAUGCAUGUCAAGUGUGUGUGUGUGUGUGUGUGUGUGUGUGUGUGUGUGUGUGUGUGUGUUUUAUAAAGGCAAUCUGUGACCCACAUAACAAGAGAUUGUCAAAUCAUGUGAAGAACUCAGACUUUGCCAAAAUAAUGAAGAAAUUUGACUGGGGAAAAAAAAAAAACAUUGAAUCAUGUCAUGUUCUGGUGUUAUAAACAAGCUGCUUUUAUUCUGACAAGAGCAGCUUCAAACCACUUCCUUAUAAAACACAUCAGAACAAACUUUUCACUUCAGAUGCCUUGAUUUAAUCUCAGUGCUGCCAGCUUUCAAACUUAAUUUUGUAGAUUAAAUUCAUAUAAAUAAAUCUUGAUCUGCCCACAUUUUUUACUCUAAUUUUUCAAUCUUGGGGCAUUUACAUGGCACUGAAUGAAAGCACAUGACUCGGUGAUGUUAGAUGAUGUGUGUGUAUAUGAAAUGUAAAUUGUACAUACUGUUUUCAUACGUUUGACCAUGAUGUGACAAUGACCAAUAUCAUGUAAAUUAGUGAGACAAAUUGAUGUACCAUAAAUUAGAAUAUGUGAAUAAACUCUAGCAAACAG